AGCUUUUCAGAACGCAACAUACAUAAGAAAGUUAUAAUUUGUUUUUCCAAAAUUUUAAUAUUUAUAUACCAGGAACAAAACCCAAUUAAACAUACUGCAGCUAAUAGCUUUUUUUUAUUCAAAAUCCAUAAAAUAGAAUGUGGAACAUAUUUAUAACAAGUUUCUUUACUUUUGUUGCGAUCUGCAUAAAAAUGAAACUUUCAGCAGCAGAUGACUGUAAAGGGUGUGUUCAGCUUGAUUCAUAUUCAUUUGAUAAGAUUAUUCCCAAAUUUAAAGCUGCCAUUGUAAAAUUCGAUGUUGCAUUUCCAUACGGCGAGAAGCAUGAAGAAUUUGCAAAAGUUGCUUUUACUACGAGAGAUUCAUUCGAUCUUUUAGUUGCAGAAGUUGGAGUAAAAGAUUUUGGCAAUAAAGAUAAUUCUGAUAUAGCCGAUCGUUUUAAUAUUAAAAAAGACGACUACCCUGUUGUUCUACUUUUUAUACAAGGGAAAACAGAACCUCAUCGAUUUAUUAUUAAGAAAGAUACAGAAUUUACUGCUGAUAAUAUCAAGAGAUUUAUAAAAACAAAAUCUGGAGUAUAUUUAGGACUACCUGGAUGUGUUGAAAAAUUAGAUAGAUUAGCUGAUCAAUUCAAAACGUCUAACGAUAAAGAUAGACAAGAAAUUUUAAAUAAGGCCAAAGUUUUCCAAGAAACUCUACCAGAAGAACAUCGUACAGCUGCAAAAGUCUAUGUAAAAACAAUGGAAAAAAUCAUGGAACGCGGAGAUAUAUUUGUUCAAACAGAACAAACUAGAAUAGAAGGAUUACUAAAGGGUAAAUUGUCAAAUGAUAAAAAACGAUCGAUGGAAGAAAGAAGAAACAUUUUACAUUCUUUUACACGUAGAGACGAAUUAUAAAUUAUAAUAGAAAAAAACAUAAAUGC